AUGAGCAACAACGGUAAUACAAAUGAUCGAAAUACUAGUAAUAACAAUACAAAAACAAUGAAAUUUAAUUUAAAUAAAUCGGUUCAAGUUACAAAAGUAUUUGUUCGAGAAAAUCAACGAUUAACCAAAAAUGACUCGAUUUUUUCAAUGGUCGAUACUCAUAAUCCGGAUGGCAAGAAAGAACUAUUUUUGUCUUCGAUCUUGGGUACAAUAACAAAAUUAUACAUUCAUGAAUGGGAUAUUCUAUCAUAUGGUUCAAUAAUUUUGGAAUAUGAAGAAUGUCUUCAUACAAUUACCUUCAAGAAUUUAUGUUGUGAUUGUGGUGCUAAUUUAAAUCAGUUAAAAGAUAAAAUAGAAACGAUUUCAUCAGGAAAUGGUAUCUCUGAUCCAUCGGGUGAUUCAUCUUUAUCAUCGUUAUCAGCAACGAUGAGACCAGUAACAACAGUGUCAAUGGAACAUACUGUACCAGAACUUAGAAUAACACCAGAAGCUGAAAAAUAUAGUAUCGAAGAGCGAGAUCGUCUUCUUCGUGAACGUAAACUUGAUUUGCUUGUUGAUCUUGAUCAAACACUUCUUCAUACAACAAAUUCAAGUCAUUAUUAUCCAUAUUCACCUGACGUUAUUGCAUAUCAAUUAAAUACUCAAUCAUCACAAACAUUCUAUACAAAAUUACGUCCCGGUGUAAAAGAAUUUCUUACUAAUCUUUUACCAUAUUAUCAAUUUCAUAUUGUCACUUUUGGUGAACGUCUUUAUGCACAUACAAUGGCAAAAUUAAUUGAUCCAAAUAAAACAUUUUUCUAUCAUAGAAUCUUAUCUCGUAAUGAAUGUUUUGAUCCAACACGAAAAACAGCUAAUUUAGGUGCAUUAUUUCCUUGUGGUGAUUCAAUGGUUUGUAUUAUUGACGAUCGUGAAGAUGUUUGGAAUUAUGCAAAAAAUCUUGUACAUGUUAAACCAUAUGUAUGGUUUAAAGAUGUUGGUGAUAUAAAUGAUAUUCAUCUUCCAUCUCCACCUAUUCCGAGUGAACAAUUAAUUCCACCAAUAAGUGAAAAAGAAUUUGAAGAACAGUUAGAAAAUAGUGAACAUAUUGUUGAUGAACGUAUGGAAAUGGAUAGUAAUGCAUUAAUUGAACGAACAACAGAAGAAGGUUAUCAAAAUGCUAUUCAUAGAGGUGAAAAACGAAAAUUUGAUAAUGAUAAUAGUACGAAUGAAAAUGUCGAAGAGGACGAAGCAAAUAAAAAAUUAAAAGAACAAAAUGAUAAUAACAAUGAACCAACGAACACUACAGCUUUGCCAGUAACUAAUGAUUCAAAUGUUUCUAUUGAUAGUGAUACUUAUUUACAUCAAUUAGAAGUAAUUUUAACACGUAUUCAUACUGAAUUUUAUGCAGCGUAUGAUCAAUGGACACAAGAUAAAACACGUGAUAUGCCUGAUUUAAAACAAAUCUUACCUGAUAUACGUCGACAAGUACUUACAAAUGUGUCACUUUGUUUUUCUCAUUUAAUGCCACAAGGUUAUCCGUUAGAAAAACAUCGUGCAACAAUUAUUGCACGAGCUAUGGGCGCAAAUGUUACACAAGAUUUACAAAUUGAUGAUAAUGGAAAUUGUUUAACUACACAUGUUGUUGCAGGAAAACGAACAACUAAAGUUGAUCGAGCUAUAAAAUAUAAUAUUCAUGUUGUUACACCUGAAUGGUUAAUUGAUUGUUAUGAACAAUGGGAAAGAAAAGCCGAAGAAAAUUAUAUAUUACAUCCAAAUUAUGAUGUGAAAAAAUCAAGAUUAUUUACAAAAGAAGCACCUAGAAUAGCAUUUAAUGAUCCUAAUACUGGAAAUGAACGAAUAUCUUUGACUAAACAAAGAAAUCAAAACCCGUCUGACGAUGAACCAACAUCAAGUUCAACAAUCAGUAAAUCUACAAAAACAUCCUUAAAACGUUCUCGUACACCUGAAAUACCAUCAACUACUGAUAUACCCACUGAUGUGAUUGAUGAAGAUGAUCAACCAACAACAAGAAAAUAUAAUUUCAGCAUGAGUGUUGAUGAAUUAUCUGAUAUGGAAAAAGAAGUCAAUGAUUUUUGUAAUGAAGAUGAAGACGACGAUGAUGAUGAUGAUAAUAAUAAUAAUAAUGAUGAUUCAAAUGACACACGAUCCAGACCAAUCAAACAACAACGAACAUCAUCAUUUACUCCAAUAACGACAACAGAUAAUCCAAAUGAUGAUCGUGAAGAUGAUUAUAAUUCUGAUUCAUCUAGUAGUCAAAAAUUACGUGAUCUUAUACUUGGUAAAAAACAGGAAACGGACUCUGACGAAGAAAGUCUCGGUGAUGAUGAGGCACCUCGUGGUUGGAAAAAUAAUCAAAAACGAAGAAAAAAUAAAUCAUAG